AUGAACAAGCUCAAACGACCCCACGGCGAAUCACUUGCUAGGGCGCCGGCGGAAGCACGGUGGCAGCCGGCGGAGAAGGAGCAGCCGGACGAGCGCGAGCACUACCACCACCCCCGCCCGCAGCGCUCCUCCUUCAACCUGCCGCCGCCGCCGACGAGAGGCGGCAUGCGCGGGGGUGCGAGGGGCCGCGGCGGCGGGGGACGCGGCCAGCCAAGCUUCCGCGGCGCCGUGCCCGUCGUUGCGGCGCCCACCACUCCCCACCAGGCGGUGCCCGGGCCGGCGCAGCAGCAAAAGAAGAAGAAGAAGGCCGCGAAGAAGAAGCCCACCCAAGCGGUGGUGCCGCCGAGUAACGCCUUCGACCAGAUCGCGCCCCAGAAGACUCUCUAUGUCCUCAACGAUGACUUCGAGAAGAAGCGGCCUGAUCGUCUCACGUGCACCUUUGCCAGCGUUCAUGGUUUCAAGUACAGGAAAUACACGACGGCGCCGAAGGUGGUGAAGCCGAUCGAGCUGCUGCAGAUCUACAGCGACCGACAGGCCCAGGCCCUGCAGGACAUGCUCGAGGAGCUGGCCCUCAUCGAGGCCGAGGCCCAGAGCCGCGAGAAGGGCAAGGAGAAGCUCGACCCCAGCGACCGCGGGCACCACGCGGUCGGCGAUGGCAGCGACGACGAGGGCGACGCCGACAUGCAGGAGGUGGUCAAGGAGCUGGUCAUGGACCUCGAGGCCCUCAACAGCGGCAAGGCCGUGCAGCUCGAACCCGAAUUCGACGCACCCGCGUCCCACUUUUUCGUCGCGGCCGACCACAUGCCACGCAAUUCUGGACACGCGGCGAAGCCGGUGUUCUUCGAGGCGGUGGAGAACAACACGGCCGACGGCGGUGAUUUUAAGGUGGCGGACCAGCCGCACGCGCAGGGCAGCCUCUUCUGGGACACCUCCGCGGCCUCCAACAAGCAGCCGCACCCCAAGCAGCAGGCCCUGAGCUUCGGCCCCGCGCGGCCUGACAUCUUCUUCAAGCCCUCGGCCGGCGCCAAGCCCUCGCCCAAGUCCCAGCAACAGGCCACCUCCACUAAUGGAAUGGAGGACGAGGACGUGCGGGAGUUGUGCGAGCUGGAGCGGCUGCUGCGGGACGGCUUCAUCACGCGUGAGCAGCACAGGGAGCGCGCCGCGCAGCUCAAGGAGGCCAUCCGCGUGCGCAAGGCGCUGGCCAAGCAGCGCAAGGCCGAACGCAAGCGCGAGCAGGAGGCCGAGGAGAAGCUGUGGGAGGAGCGCGACCGCAAGCUCAUGCUCGAGCGCCGGGAGGAGGAGAUGAAGCUCAAGGAGCAGAAGAAGAAGGAACUCACGCGCGCCGAGCUGGCGGGGCAGAUCAAGAAGGGGGUGGUGACGGUGGAGCAGCUGCUGGGCCUGUGGAAGACCGAGCUCCGGCCCCUGCGUCUGGAGGACUACUACACGCAGCCCUCCGCCGUCGCGACCACCCCGCUCGGCCCCUCCAAGCACUCCAAGAUCAUGACCGACGUCAUGUAUUUGCUGCAGAUGAGCGAUCCGACGAAGCAGUUCGGGAACACGAUCCAGCCGGCGGCGCUCCCGCAGACGCCGGAGGUGCUGCACAAGGUGGAGAAGAUCGCGGCGCACAAUCCGGGACUCGUCCGCAAGUUCGCGCACUACAUCCACACCGAACGCGAGAUGCGGACCGAGUGGCAGCGCAACGUGCAGGAGCGGCUGCAACUCGCCGUGUAG